CAUAAAUUAAAGUAGGGCCAUGAGCGGGCGUGCAUGUAGAUUGAUGGACCAGUCUUCACCAAAUCAAUUUUAAGGAGCCUAAUAAAAGGCCACCAAUAAAAGCAGCCACCAACAACCACAACUUGAAUAAACCUUCUCCUCUUAGGUUUAGGUUUAAAUUGGAGCUUUCGUUCAUUUUCUUCACCCCCAGGUCUUCCAAACCAGUUCUACAUUCUUGGCCGGUUGCUGGCCGGGGUAAUUCCGAAUCGCGAACAGCACUGGCGGUUCUCACACUCAUUAGUUCCGGGGUGGACAGGCUUCCGCUUCGAGGAGGGUAAGGUUCAUUGUCAUAUAUUGUUGCUAGGAAGUGAUUGAGUUGAAGCACACCCAGCACUGCAUAAGCGCCCCCAAAAUACUCCUUUCGGUCAUGCGUCCACCGUGCGUGGCUUAAAGGAUCUACAGACCAGCUAAUUUCAGUGCCCCUAUGGUCCAUUGGUGAGUCUCUUUCGCUAUCCCCGUAGAUGAUGACAUUCCUCCAGAUUCGCACCGGUGACAUGAAUCGACUGUCCUCACACCGAGGACAUAUCGGUCCAGAAGAGGAGGAAGAGGAAGAGGAAGAGGAUUGUGUUAACGUACAUGCAUGGUGCAUGGUACGCAUGCAUGGCACAUGCAUGCUCUCCGUAUUAUUCCGGCUGACUCGCACACAUAACAUAUCUCAUCCGUAUUUGUUGUACUUACUAGUUGUAUAUUCAAAUCAUUUUAAAUUAUUGUUGUAUCUUAUCCGAUUACAUAGGCCACAUGUUAGGCGAUAGGCUUGAGCUUCUUAAGCUAAUUAGUUACGUAGCUUUAUCGGUACAAUUCAAAUUGUAUAGCAUCGUGUAUUUAAACACCGUCAAGGGAAAUAAUACACUCACGUUGAAAUUCCAAUUUGGUAUCAGACGCAAGAUCUUUUCUUCCUCCUCCCAUGGCUUCCGCCAAAUCUCCUUCCUUUCAUCCCGCUCUCGCUCUCACAAAUAUAAAAAGUUUUAUUCCUAUUACACUCGAUCUCGAGAACGUGGAAUACUCAUCAUGGACCGAACUUUUUAAGAUCACAACCCGUGCCUACCAGGUUGAAGAUCACAUCUUCCCAGUUGAAACAACUACCUCGGCUGCCUCCACUUCCACCACACCACCCCCAGAACUCACCCCGGAGCAAGUUCUUGCCGCCGCCGCCGCCAAAGCUGAAUCCGAUGCACUAUGGAAACGACUCGAUGCCAUGGUGUUACAAUGGAUUUAUGGGACUAUUUCCCAUGAUCUUUUGCACACCAUUCUCGAGCCGGACUCUACAGCCAAAGCAGCAUGGGAUCGUCUGGCCGAUCUUUUUCUUGACAACAAAAACUCUCGGGCACUUCAUCUCGAGACGGAAUUCUCCAAUACCCGGUUGGAGAGUUUUCCGGAUAUUGCCUCGUAUUGCCAGACUCUCAAGACCCUAGCCACCAAAUUGUCUAACGUUGGUUCUCCCGUUAACAAUCAACGCUUGGUGUUACGUAUCGUGAAUGGUCUCCCUCCGGCCUAUGACUCGGUUGCUUCGAUCAUUCAACAAACCGUCCCUCUUCCUCCCUAUUCACAGGCCCGUUCCAUGCUCCUUCUUGAAGAGACUAGGAAGGCUCAACAACACACCUCAUCUCCUACUGCCUUGGUCCAUACCGGCACUCCGGCUCCUGUGCAACGACCGGAGGUUCAGCCUGGCCGUGCUCCACACCGCGGAAGGGGACGUGGGUCUUCACGUGGUGGUCGCAACCGUUCCUCCGGCACUUCUUCGGCAACCCCAACUGCCGGCCCGUGGCAGAUGCCGCCGUGGGGUUACUGGCCGCCCCCAUGGAGCAUCCCACCAUGCCCCUAUCCCUCUACUCCAUGGUCCGGACACCAAAGCUCGAGGCCUCCCUCUCCUGCGACCGGCAUACUUGGUCCACGGCCUCAACAAGCACACAUUGCCACCCCGUCUCCUACCGACAUCAACUCGGCCAUGGCUACCAUGUCGCUCACUCCUCCAGAUGACAACUGGUAUCUUGACACGGGGGCCACAU